AUGCUCACCUCAUCCUCAUCCCCACCUCGGCUCCUCCUGAUCUCGCUCAUCCUGCCUUCCUGCGACUCAAAAAGCCCGCCGUCCGACGUCAAGCGCGAAUUCUUCACCGACUCGCAGACGCACACGACUUGCGGAUGGAAGGGCGUCGCGAGCUACUACAACGCCGACGUGAACGGGAAGAAGGUGUCGGACGUCGCGUGGUACUACCCGCAGGCGAAGGACAAGGCGAAGGAUAUCGAGGGAUACGUCGCAUUUUACAAGAACAAGGUCGAGAUCAGCGGCUGA